UCUUCUGAGAGACAGAGAGAGAGAGGCACAUACACAAAAGGAACCACAGCGUGAUUGCCAAGGAAGCCAAGAAAUAUAAAAAAUUGUGAUCAAGACCCAAAGGACACAUACUGUUAAUUCCUUUCCACAGCAUCCAUUCCAGACCGAGAUAUGAUGGAAAAAGAUUUUUGAACUAUCCCCUCAGUGUGGGCUAAAAUGCAGAAUAAUAUGAACUGGCAGCUGGUGAUUCCUGGCUUGAUCAUCGUGGCCAUUAAACUUGCAGGAACGCCCCUGUUCAUGGUAUAUUUUCCACAGAUCUUCCCAACUCUGGGUUUUCAGAGGAUACUCAAUUCCACAACUGAGGGGAACAGAACAGUUUCACAGAUUUUCUCCACUGAUGACUCACCAGAGAACUCUAAGUCUUCAACCACUGGGGGAAGAACAGACUGCCCGAACCGGUGGACAUUUCAAAGGGGGAAAUGCUACUUCUUUUCUGUUCAAGAAAAGACUUGGAAUGCCAGUCAAAGAGCAUGUUCUGAAGCAAACUCUAGUUUAGUGAUCAUCAACAGCAAAGAGGAACUGGAGUUCCUCCAUAAUAACACAAAAGCUGAAGAUCACUUCAUUGGAUUGUCAAUCAGAGGCGCUGAAGGUAGAUGGAAAUGGAUUGACAACACAGAGUUUAACACAGACAUAUUUAUUAUAGGUUUGAAUAGUGACACCUCUGAUUGUGCUGUAAUCGGAUUAACUGUCGUGGGUACUAUAUCUUGUUCUGUACCAAACCGUUGGAUCUGUGAAAAGAAAGCAUAACAGCUCCCGUGGACAGAGGAAGACUCUGGGGCUGGCACACAGAGGCUAACUGGAACUUGGGUGGCAUGGUUUAGUGGUUAGAGCAAGUCACUUGGAGUCAGGAGACAGGUUUUCUUCUAUACUGUAUUGGCUGAAAGGCCUUGGGAUAGUUACUUUGGCUUUUUGUGCCUCAGUUUUCCCAUCUGUAGACAAAGAAUAAUAGUAUCCACUUUUGUAAAGUAUAUCCUCAGAUGACAUGCACUAUGGUGGUGCCACGUACUGAUGUUAAUGCCCAUAUAAUGCUGUAUUCACACAAACUACCAUAAACUUGCAUAGAGGCUAAUUCUCUCUCUUAUGCACACAUGCAGCCAGGGACAAACUUACCAUUGACAUAAGAAUUCUUGAAUUAAAAUAAGCAUGACAGAUAAAAUUGGAGGCUGAAGAAGAUAAAAGUGGUGUUGGAAAUGACAAUGGUUAAAAACACUGUUAUGAAGCAAGGUGUGGGGGCAGACCAAGAUCUGUGCACCUGGAAGACCCUGUUCAAACCAAGAACAUUAGAAUUCUUGGAACUCUUGAGAACAGCACAAUUUUUCUGGAAGCCCUUGUUAAAAGCAAUAUAGCAGCUCAGCUAUAUUUAGCAUUUUGGUAGAGCUUGAUGGGCCUGAUUCUGUGCUCACUUUCACAGGAAUAACUUCAAAAAUGUCUAUGGAGUUACACCAGUUCAAAAUCAACCUGGCACCAGGAGUGAAACCUUGACCCCACUGAGUCAAUAGCAAAACUCUCACUGACUUCAACAGGGUGAGGAUUUCACCCCAAUCAUGUGAGAAAUGCAGAAACAUUAGCUAAUUAAAGAGAACAAAAAGAAAAGGAGUACUUGUGGCACCUUAGAGACUAACCAAUUUAUUUGAGCAUAAGCUUUCGUGAGCUACAGCUCACUUCAGUUUCCUGUAGGUUGAACAUUGUUGUUACUGGCCACCGCAAUGAAAUACAUGGAAGGUACACUACAAAGGGAAAUACAAUGCUUGUCACACUUCCUGUGAUGUGUAAAACAGAAGAUUUUUAAUAGCAGCAGCUGUGGUGGGGAGCUAAGAUCCUAUUAUAGAUGGCACGAACUGUUAACAUUUCUGGACUUAAGCCUGGUGAUGCAACAGGGAAGUCAAUGGAUAUUGUAAAAAAGAUAUGCAGUGUUGUUACAGCCGUGUCAGUCUAAGGCUAUUAGAGAGACAAUGUGGGUGAGAUAAUAUCUUCUUUUAUUGGACCAACUUCUGUUGGUGAGUGAGACAAGCUUUUGAGUUUAAAUAGAGCUCUUCCUCAGAUUACCUGAAGAAGAGCUCUGUUUAAGCUUGAAAACUUGUAUCUCUCACCAACAGACGUUGGUCCACUAAAAGAUAUUACCUCAUUGUAAAGAAGAGUUUCUUUGACAGAGCAUUUCCAUCUCAGUCUAUUGCAGGCAAAACUCUGAAAAAUUUAUCCUGAAAUAAACCACUUUGUUUUGAGGGUAAAUUUAGCAGUGCAACUGCUGGAGAUUAUCACUGAGGAGACUGUGAGGUGAACGCUCCCAAUCCAUACUUUUGGACAACUAAACCAUACUUAUAUUCAAGACUACCCUAAAAAGCUACCCUCUCUUUUAAGGGAUGACAUCAAACUAUUCCUCAGUUGUACUAAGUACAGCUCAGCUCCACUUCUAUUAAAAGACCCCCUCAAUUAAGCAACCAAAUGUCAAUCCCUUCAGUGGUUACUUAAAACAGGUUUCACUAUAUAUUUCAUAUAUCCAGAUUCUUGGUAGAGUGACCAGACAGCAAAUGUGAAAAAUCUGGAUGGGGGUGGGGGAGUAAUAGGAGCCUAUAUAAGAAAAAGACCUAAAAAUUGGGACUGUCUCUAUAAAAUUGGGACAUCUGGUCACCCUAAUUCUUGGUCCAAUUUGUGCUGAAGAUAGAGCCCUUACUGGGUUUCAUCACCACUAUAUUGACCCAUUAUCCUGAAGGAUUGCUAACUGAAAUUUGAGAUUUGCCUUUUAUUGUAAUGUAAGUAUAAGGUUACCAAUAAGAGUGCUGUUGUCUUGCUAUGCUUUUAGAUUAUUUGAUUUAUACUGUAUCUUCAAUUGUAUCUAAUCUAAUCCAUUCUAUUUAUAUCACAUGCAUAGCCACAGUAUGUAACCAUCUAUUGUCAUCUACAAAUAGCAGGUGGAUUUUCUGCAAUAUUCUGAAAUCCUCAGUCUCCUCUGUUUUCCCUUUUUUAUUGUGAUCCCACAUGUGUUAGUGAGGUUUAAGCUUUAUAUAUUACUGCAAAUACUGAACUAAAUAACAUGUCACUAUGAAUUUCUGCAUAUGCAUACUGUGACGGGAUAAGGCCAGAUGGCUUAGAAAAGUAGGGGGAGAUAAAUAUAUUAGCUCCAGGCUAAACAAAUCCCUGGUACCCGGAUAAGUUAAAUGGCAGCUGCUCCAGGUCAGUUAAGACACCUGGGGCCAAUUAAGAACUUUCCAGAAGGCAGGGAGAAUGCUAGGUUGAUUGGAACACCUGAAGCCAAUCAGGGGCUGGCUGAAACUAGUUAAAAGCCUCCCAGUUAGUCAGGUGGGUGUGCAUGUCAGGAGCUGUGGGAGGAAGUUGUGCUGUUGGAGAGACUGAGCAGUACACACCAUAUCAGGCACAAGGAAGGAGGCCCUAAGGUAAGGGCGAAGUGUAGCUUGAGGAAGGUGGGGGCUGCUGUGGGGAAGUAGCCCAGGGAAUUGUACAUGUCAUGUUUCUAAAAGGUCAGUGACCAUAGCUGAUACUAUUAGGGUCCCUGGGAUGGAGCCUGGAGUAGAGGGUGGGCCUGGGCUCCCCCACUUUGCCCCCCCUCCCAAAUUUAUCACUGAGACUGGGAGACAACAGAGAAUGUGCAAGGGAGGAUAGCUUCUCCUCACCUCCCUCGCUGGCUUAUGAUGAAAAUAGCUCAGUAGACUGUGACCCUUGUCUCUAGAGAGAGACGGGUUACAUGGAGGGUCACAGUGAGCCUCUGAGGCUAGUAAAAUCCGCUAGGAAAUGCAGGACCCACAGAGACAAGGACAGAGCUUUGUCACAAUACAUAUAUGAAGCUUAAUACUGAAGAAACCACAAUCAAUGACUGUGUAUGAAAAAUAUGGCUUUUAUGAAUUUACAAUAUUAAAAACAAUGUUUAUCU